UGCGCAGUUCCUUGCAGACGCGGAAGCGGCUGUGGAGGGGAAGGUGGCGGUUCCCCCUGAGGAGGGUGUUUGUCUUUAAAGCUGACGCUCCCCGUCCCCUCCCCGCAGGGAAGGCUGAGGGCGCUGCCGGCGCUGAAGUCCUUGUUGGGGUCCCCGCCCCGGAGCCUCUCUCAGCGAGGGAGAUACUCAUAUGUUCCUGAUGGGCCCCUUGUCGUUUUCUGGGAAGGAUGGCAAGAAAGAGAGAGAAGAAGGGAUAGGGAGAGAGAUAUUGAAACCUCAAUGAUAAGAGAGAAUCACUGAUUACCUGCCUCCUGCACGCCCUCUACUAGGAAUGGAUCUGGAAACCCUUGCAUGUGCCCUUGACCAGAAUUGAACCUGAGACCCUUCACUCUGAAGGCGGACAAUCUCGCCUUUGAGUGAAACCUGAUAGAGCAUAAUAUCAAUGAUCUCAACAGUCAGAAGCUAGUUCUGUGAGUUGGUUCAAUGUUCAGCACCUCUUUCCUUCCCUUCAUGUGAUUUGUUGAAUUAGUGUCUGUGAGCCACAAGGGAACUGUUCCCCUAAGUCCCUCUUGUCCAUUCUCUGAAACUCUUGAAGGAUGGAGUGGAUUGAACUGGAACUUGGUUCCCACAGAGCACAUCUAUUCAUGGUGAAGUCAUUUGAUGAGCAUAUUUCAAUAGAUAACUUUCCCUAAAGGCUUUAGCAUGAAGAUCUAUGCUCCGUAAUUUCCUGGGAAAAGAGGAAGGAAAUCUGCCUGGGAAACCUGCAGGUGUACAACUUCCCGCUUCACCUCCUCCCGCAACCCAGAGGUCUCAGGGGUGCUGGGUGUGAUGUCUGAUACCCAGCGCUACUGAAAAACAGCUCUGGGGAGCCUUGCAGGCCCCAAGAGAGAACUAGUUAAAGAUGCCAUGUCAUGGGCCCGAGUGCAGGCUUUUACAGGGGUAUUGUGUUGCCUUUGGGCGUGGAGCCGAGCUGUACAUGCUCUCAUUGCUGUAGGAGUUUGUGGAAGUCUUUGGAAGGACAGAUACAUGAAGAUGGAAAAAAAAAACCUCACAGUGUGGUCUCCAUGUAGGAGCUCAUUGUUCCUCACUCUCUCCUGUGACAAAGGACAGGAGGGCGUGGCCUUUUCCUAAUUUUCAGGUCCUCAUGACUGUGAGUGUGAGCUGAGCUGAUUAACAGGCUGUGCGAUCUCCUUUGGAGGCACAUUCUGUGACUCCUCAACAUAUUGUCACCUGAGGAAACAACCCAGACCCCCGAUCAGGACCAGGACCAAAUGGCUCCUUCUCAGGGACCGCUGACCUUCAGGGAUGUGGCCAUAGAUUUCUCUCAGGAGGAGUGGGAAUGCCUGGACCCAGCUCAGCAGAAAUUGUACCUGGAUGUGAUGUUGGAGAACUACAGCAACCUGGUCUCCGUGGCUAUGUCAUCUGAAGAUGACCAGGCCUUUAUGCCAAAUACCGGAAUACAAGAAUUAUUCUCUGAAAUGAUAUUGAGUACAUAUAAUGGAGACAGAAGUUAUCAAUGGAAUGAACAUUGGAAAAACUUUAAGCGAGAGUCAUAUCUUAAUCAUUGGAGAAGCGAACUUGCAGAGGACCAUUAUGAAAGUGGAAGAGUCUGUGACCCAAGGUCCAAUCACAAAAUACAUGAGGUUAUUCCUAUUGUGGAGAAGACACACAAAGGAAGUCAAUUUGUCCUGUCUUUUCAUCAGUCAUCAAAUUACACUGAAGAAGAGAAUAUUUGUACUGGGAAAAAAGCUUACAAAUGGAAUCAUUGUGGUAUAAUCUCCAGUCAAAUAGUCAAUACAAAUAAAGCAGAAAAAAUCCAUAGUGGAAAAAAACCUUAUAAAUGUAAAGAUUCUAGGGAAACAUCUAAUUGGCCUUCAGGUUGUAUGGUACAUCAGAAAAUUCAUACUGGACUGAAGCCUUACAAAUGUAAAGCAUGUGGCAAAGCCUUUAGAUGUCAUUCAUCUCUUAUUGUACAUAAGGGAAGAAUUCAUACUAUUGCAAAAUUUUACAAACUCAGGGAAAAUGGAAACGCCGUUAGUCAGUCCUCAGGACAUACUCAACAUCAUAGAAAUCACAUGGGAGAAAAGUUUUAUAAUUGUUCAGAAUGUGACAAAACCUUUAGCUGGCCCUCAAGACUUAGUAUUCAUCAGAGAGUUCAUAGUGGAGAGAAGCCGUAUAAAUGUAGAGAAUGUGGCAAAGCCUUUAGACUGUUCUCACACCUUAUUAUGCAUCAGAGAGUUCAUAGUGAAGAGAAUCCUUACAAAUGUAGAGAAUGUGGCAAAGCCUUUAGACGGUUCUCACACCUUACUACUCAUCAGAGAGUUCAUACUGGAGAGAAGCCUUAUAAUUGUGGAGAAUGUGGCAAAGCCUUUAGCGAUUCCUCCGCUUUUAAUAGACAUCAGAGAGUUCAUACAGGAGAGAAGCCUUAUAAAUGUAAAUGUGGCAAAGCCUUUAGACAGUUCUCACACCUUACUACGCAUCAGAGAGUUCAUAGUGAAGAGAAGCCUUACAAAUGUAGAGAAUGUGGCAAAGCCUUCAGACGGUUCUCACACCUUACUACUCAUCAGAGAGUUCAUACUGGAGAGAGGCCUUAUAAUUGUGGAGAAUGUAGCAAAGCCUUUAGCGAUCCCUCUGCUUUUAAUAGACAUCAAAGAGUUCAUACAGGAGAGAAGCCUUAUAAAUGUAGAGAAUGUGGCAAAGCCUUCAGUGUUUUAUCAUCCCUUACUAACCAUCAGAGAGUUCACACAGGAGAGAAGCCGUAUAAAUGUAGAGAAUGUGGCAAAGCCUUCAGCGAAUCUUCAUCCCUUACUAAGCAUCAGAGAGUUCAUAGUGAAGAGAAGCCUUACAAAUGUAGAGAAUGUGGCAAAGCCUUUAGACGGUUCUCACACCUUACUAGGCAUCAGAGAGUUCAUACUGGAGAGAAGCCUUAUAAUUGUGGAGAAUCUGGCAAAGGCUUUAGCGAUUCCUCCGCUCUUAAUAGACAUCAGAGAGUUCAUACAGGAGAGAAGCCUUAUAAAUGUAGAGAAUGUGGCAAAACCUUUAGCGAGUCCUCCUCUCUUAAUCAACAUCAGAGAGUUCAUACUGGAGAGAACCCUUAUAAUUGUAGAGAAUGUGGCAAAACCUUUAGUGAGUCCUCAUCCCUUAAUCAACAUCAGAUAGCUCAUACUAGUGAUAAGUCUUUCAAAUGUUCAGAAUGUGACAAAGGAUUCAGUUUGGCUUUAUCCCUUAGUCACCAUCAGAGAAUUCAUACUGGAGAAAAGCCUUAUAAAUGUAAUGAAUGUGGCAAAGUCUUUACCCAUUACUCAUCCCUUAAUCGUCAUCACAGUAUUCAUACUGGAGAGAAACCUUAUAAAUGUAGAGAAUGUGGCAAAGCCUUUAGACGGUUCUCACACCUCACUACACAUCAGAGAGUUCAUACUGGAGAGAAGCCUUAUAAAUGUAGAGAAUGUGGCAAAGCCUUCAGCCAAUCCUCAUCCCUUUAUCAACAUCAGAGAGGACAUACUGGAGAGAAAUCUUUCAAAUGUUCAGAAUGUGGCAAAGAAUUCCGUUUGGCAAUACACCUUAAUUAUCAUCAGAGAAUUCAUACUGGCGAGAAGCCUUAUAAAUGUAAUGAAUGUGGCAAAGACUUUAGGGAUAUCUCAUACUUUGCUAAGCAUCAGAGAAUUCAUACUGGACAGAAGCCUUAUAAAUGUAAUGAAUGUGGCAAAGCUUUUACCCAUUACUCAUCCCUUAAGCGUCAUCAGAGAAUUCAUACUGGCGAGAAGCCUUACCUAUGCAGAGAUUGUGGAAAAUCCUUUGGCACCUCUUCUUCCCUUACUUCUCAUCAGAGAGUUCACACUGGAGAGAAGCCUAAUAAAUGUAGAGAAUGUGGCAAAUCCUUUGGAAGCUCCUCAGAACUUACUAAGCAUCAGAGAGUUCACAGUGGAGAGAAGCCUUAUACAUGUAGAGAAUGUGGCAAAUCCUUCACUACCUCAUCAAAACUGACUUACCACCAGAGAGUUCAUACUGGAGAGAAGCCUUAUAAAUGUAACGAAUGUGGUAAAGCCUUUAGCCAGUCCUCAUCCCUUACUUCACAUCAGAGAAUUCACACUGGAGAGAAGCCUUAUAAAUGUAGACAAUGUGGCAAAUCUUUUGUCUACUCCUCAUACCUUAUUAACCACCAGAGUGUUCACACUGGAGAGAAGCCUUUUAAAUGUAGAGAAUGUGGCAAAUCCUUUGGCUGGUCCUCAGACCUUACUAAGCAUCAGAGAGUUCAUUCUGGAGAGAAGCCUUAUAAAUGUAGAGAAUGUGGCAAAGCCUUUAGCCAGUCCUCAUCCGUUAAUUUUCAUCAGAGAGUUCACCAAAGAGUGUAGCCUUAUAAAUGCAGAGAAUGUAACCGCAUUUUCUCAGGGUUCCUGCAUCAUUUUACAGCAGAGUUCAUACUUCCUAGAAGUCUUACAGAUGUGUGGAGUGUUGUAAGUCCUUGACCAGCUGUGAGAACUUACUAAACAUCACAGAAUGGAUACUGGGAAGAAGCCUUAUGAAUGUGAAAAACGUAGACCAAGCCUUUAAAAGGCAUUCGUCUCUUAUUGUACCUGAGAGACGUCAUACUAAAGAAAGUCAUUACAAAUGUAUAGUUUGGGCUGCAGCCUUUACCCACUGCUAAAAAUUUACUGAACAUCAGAGAUUUUACAAUGACGGAAAGCCUUAUACUGUUGAAAAUGUUAGAAAUCCUUUAACCUGUGGUCUAACCUACUCAACAUUUUAGGAAUCAUUCUAAAGAAAAACAGCAAUAAUAUAAAGUUUUCAUUUAAGGAUGUAAGCUUCAAUGGUUGAAGCUACAUUGAGAAUGAUAAAACAAGGUCUUACAAAUUAUCAGGCAUAUCUCAAAGUAUAUAUCCUCAUUUAUAUCUCAUACAACAUAUCAUUAUUACUGGAUUGAAGUCCAGCAGAUAUAAAGAAUGUGACAAAGCUUACUCACUAUGGGAACCUUACCUGACAUGAGAAUUCAUACUGGGGAGAAACAAUACAAAUGUAAACAUUGUCCUAAAGCCUUUCAUCAGCAUCUGUAGCUGAUUCCUCACAUUGGUAUUUAUUCUAGGGGGAAACCUUAAAACUAAAGAAUGUGGGAAAUCAUAUAGCUGGACCUACAGCCCCAGUCUUAUCAGGGAUUGCAAUUGGGUAGAAAUUCUACAUUCAUGAUAUAAUAGGAAGGACUUUUGUUUAAAGUAUACAGUUUAUAAAACUCCAAGUAACUUAUGCCUUAACAGAUUUUUAAAGAUAUAAAAAUGUUAUCCAAGUAUUUAAUUGAUUAUGAAUUUUAAAGCAUCAAUGAAUUCACACUAGAUAGGUAGCCAAAAUGCCUUUCAGGAAUUGCUCUAAAUUAGUACACCCAGUGUAUUUUAAACUUUGAAUGUAGCUAGUAAAUAUUGCUAUACUUGAAUAUAUCAAAGGAAUUGAUGUUUCCAUAUGUACACUUACUUAGAGUGUUAUUUAUAUUGAAAUCAUUUGAAAUAUUUUGAAAAGGAAAUAUUAUUGUGAUUCUGUUCCCAUAUCACUUGGUGCUGCUGUGUUUUAUUCCUGGUGUAUGUGUGAAAUUAUGGGGUUGAUGGUUUCUACCUUAAAGAUCUGUGAGCUCUUGUAUACUAUAUGGACUUCACUUGCGUACUUUCCCAUGGAAUAUUGUGUACAUUAUAAGGGACACUAUUUUCUUCUAUUAGAGAAUAAUCCUAUUGAAUAAAUCUUUUAAAAUAG